UUCGGGCCCGACCGGAGACUCUACUGCUCGGCGGUGCCCUGCUUCCGGCGCGCGCGGCGCGCGUCAAGAAGUGCGGGUAAGUCUGACGGUCAAUCGGGUCAGGAUCCGCAAAUUCUAGCAUCUCGGUGAGACCACUAUCGGAAGAUGGGCAAGGGGCGGGACGUCAACUCUGCAACCAACAUCCGGCACGCGCUGGUGGAGAUGCUGCUAGGAAACGUGCGGCCCGCAUCACUACAGCCUGGCGGCGGUGGCGGCGGCGGCGGCGGCGGCCCAGCAGCGGCCCAGCAGCACACAGCGACAGCGGCGCGUGUGCGCAUGUUGGUACGUAGCGGAGGGGACGGGAACGGCCACGUGGAGGAGGAGAGCGCAGCGUCGCCCAAAACGUGGCGCAAGCGCGCAGGCUGAGGGGCUGGCCGCCGGUGUCUAGCUAGGUAGCAGGCCACAAUGGGGUGGGCAGGGUAUGCUUGGCAGGGGGCAGCAGCAGCAUGACAAGCAGGCUGUUGUCAACUGUGUGGUGUCCUGGCUGGCUCUGCAGUGGCGGUGUGGCUGCUGAGCACCUGGUUUGGCUAUGUCCGGGUGAUGAGGACGUUCGGCCUCAGAGAGUGGAGGGGCUGAGCCCCUUUUCUCGUGGCAGGGGAACACUU